AAAAUCCGAUUAAUCUUCUGCAACAACAAGUUCACUACAAUUAGUUUAUUUAUUUAUUUAGAAUAGUAUUAAAAAGUGUUCUAAAAAAUGGCUGAAACCAAAGCCAAUCCCUUCGACAUGGACAGCUCCAGCUUCGACGCGGAAAAGUAUCUGGAAAGGCUGCUCAAGGAUUGCUCCUUGAAGCAAAUAAUGGAUACGGAGGCGGCGGUGGUCAAGGACACACAGACAUUGCACUCGGAUAUGCAGACGCUGGUCUACGAGAAUUACAACAAAUUCAUCUCCGCCACGGAUACAAUUCGUCGGAUGAAGGAUGACUUCAAGCAGAUGGAAACGGAUGUGAACCUGCUGAUGACCAAGAUGCAAUCCAUAACGACUUUUAGUGAGCAAAUCACCGGAACGCUGCAGGGCACCAGAUCGCAACUAUGUCGCCUGUCCGAAAAACACUCGCUCCUCAAGAGGCUGCAGUUUCUCUCGACUCUGCCAGCUAAACUGAAGUCUCUGAUAGAGGAACAGAACUACGCGCAAGCUGUCCAGGACUACCUGCAUGCCCAGAAGGUGUUCGCCCAGUACGGUCGACAGCCGUCCUUCGAUGGAAUCCAGCGAGAUUGCGACGCCAUCAUGGCAGACCUUAAGGAGCAAUUGCGAAGUGACUUCCAAAGGGCUGGGAACACGGCCCAAUCCUUGACGGAAAUUGGAGAGCUACUCCUACAGCUGGACGAAAAGACCUCGGAUCUGGCCAGCGAAAUGCUGACUUGCGCUGGCAAACGACUGCACGAGCAAAUCGUCAUGCUACAGGAUCAAACAGAGCGCGAUAUGCUGGAGUUUGUGGACAUGGGCAUCGAUGGUUUCCUCAACGAUCUGGCGCUGGUAGUGACUUCCUACUUUGAUAUGUUUGUGGCCAAGCACUACGAGCAUGAGCGCGAUGACUUCCAGGAGAACGCCCUGCAGGAGUUAAAUGUCUUCCUCAAUCAGAACAUCGAAAAGUAUCUGACACUCGUCCAGGAUCGCGUUGAGUCCGACAUUGGCUACGGAGAUACCCAGGUGAUGCUGCGCGCUCUGGAUCGACUUCAUCGGCGCCUUCAGGCCAUGCGAAAUAUCUGCCGCGGCUUGGAGGUCCAACGCAACACAGUAUCCAUCAUUAUUUCGGCUGCCCACCAACUAUGCGAUGCCCAUGCCAAAAACCUCAAAGAUCACUUUGCCGACAGCUUGAGUGCGGUUCGUCUUUCGCUGGUUUCUGCCAAGAGUGAUGCAGCUGCUGGUCUCAAUCUCGGUGAUCUGAUCAGCAAUCUGUAUGUGUCCAUGGUGGAGAAGAUUAAGGGCGUACUGCAGGACUUGCUUAUAUUCCUGCGCACCGACUGGUCGUUCAACAUCAAGGCGGAACACAAGGGCGCCCUGUGCGUUGAGGGCAUUCGAGAGAACCUACUCAUUGGCUUCCUGCGUCAUAUUGCUAAGGUGAUGUGUGGUUUCGGAGAUGCCUCCAGCUCCAGUCCACCCAAUCUAUUGCUGGUGCUGUCGAAAACAUGUCUGGAACUCGAGCAACAGGGCGUUCACAUACUGAUUGCUCUAGUGGAUGACCUGUACGAAAUCGACUCGGAGAACAGUGCAACACUUACCCACGAAACUGAGAUAUGUGCCGAAAUGCGGGAGACGGCACAAUCACUAUUGGACGCCUAUGUGCGGCUGCAGGGCACCAAUAUCUCGCAAAUGCUACGCAAGAGCGUGGAAACAAGAGAUUGGCUUAACUGCCUGGAACCACGCUCCGUUCGUGCGGUGAUGAAGCGGGUCGUGGAGGAGCUUGGCAGCAUCGAGACGGUGGUAGCCAGUCUCUACGAGGCAAACACGAAUGCAACGUCAGGAUUCCGCACCACAGCCAGCAGUGACUCUAGCCGAAAAACAUAUUUCAGUAACUUUGCUUCCACCUCAAAGCCACAGUAUCGUUCCAAUUGGUCAAACUACACGCCUUCGCAGCUGGAAUCCAGCUAUGUGUCCAACAUACAUCGCUUGUUUUCGGAGCGAGUGGAAAUCUUUACUUCGGUAGAGUUCACCAAGGCGUCAAUCAUAAUGGGCAUUAUUAAAAUUGGUCUAAAAACCCUCUUGGAAUGCGUGAGGCUAAGAACAUUUAGCAAAUUCGGACUUCAGCAAAUUCAGGUGGAUGCCCAUUAUCUGCAAAUGAACCUAUGGCGAUUUGUAAGCGAUGAAAAUCUGGUGAACUUCCUGCUGGAUGAGAUUCUUGGCUCAGCUGUGCAGAGGUGCUUGGAGUCCGUUUUAAUGGAGCCCAAUGCUGUGGAAAUUAUCUGUGAACGGGGUUAGUAUUUGUUUCCACAACAUAAAGCAACAUUCCACUUAAAAUCUCCGUCUAUUUUGUUAAACGCUGCUAGCCUAAGGAUCUAAAAAUAAACACGCUGUUUCUAAUUUA